CCCGCGCCGGGAUGCAGCCCGCCGCAGCCGUUCUUGCGUGCUUGGGGGGUGCCCCGGGGAGGCUGGAGCGGGGCUGACACCGCCGGGGAGGCGGUGGGGGAAGCCCCCGGGAGUCCCGCUGGGCAAUGAGGCCACGCUGCUGGCUGCCUGUCCUUCCCCCGCCCGCCGCGGCUGCUCCCGCCAUCCCUCCCUCCCUGCCUGCCUCCCGCCCAGCCGCGCCUGUCGCCUCCCGCUGUCGCCCAGCUCUCCCGGCGCGGGGUGCCUUUUCCCUGGCACUGCCUGGCCGGGAAAGGAGCCUGACUCAUCCCGGCUGGCACCCGGCAGAUGCCGGAGGGAGCAGUCCCAUCCCGCCGCCCUGCACCCGUGGAGGAAGGGCAACGCUGCUCCGGACACACCUCGCACCCGGCUGGCCACGGGCUCUUGGCAAGGCAGAUCGGCUGCUCUCGCCAUGCCCCACUUCUUGGAUUGGUUUGUGCCCGUGUAUCUGAUGAUCUCCAUUCUCAUCCUGGUGGGCUUUGGAGCUUGCAUUUACUACUUUGAACCAGGACUCCAGGAAGCCCAUAAGUGGCGAACACAGAGGCCAAUCAUGGAGCGAGACCUUCGGAAGACGCUGAUGAUUCGGGACAACCUGGCCUUUGGGGUGCCUGAGGUCUGACAAGCUGCCCAUUGCAGCCAGAGGAAUCUCUCCUGGGUGGGCAGCAGACCACAAGCCUCACUAGGGAUGGCAGUCCUGCCCUGGUAAAAGUGGGGCUGGUCUUCACUUUGCUCUCUGCUGAUCUGGGUCUCGUACUCCUCACUCACCAUUCUGCCCCUUUGCUUCUUAGUCAAGAUUUGUUUGGCUGGGCUUCCCAUGUGCUCACAGCUCUUCAGCCAGCCAAGGACUUUGCUCCUUCCUGUGGCCAAGACUGACUAACCACUCAAAUGAAAUACCCCUUGUUAAUCACUUGAGUUUGAGCUGCCUGGCGCCUUGACAGGAUCUUCAGUAGGAAAGGUACCAGGUUUUGCAAAGGGAUACAGAACCUUGUACUCCCGUUCCCUAGGUUAAAUCUAACACAGUCUGUCUAAGUCCAAGGGGGUUUUUGGGAAAAAUAAAUGGGGUUUCCAUACAAAUAGUUGCUUCAGCUGAGCUCUUCCCAGCACCCACUCUUGAUGCUAAGAGGUGAGCUUGCUGAAGCUCUGUGCAGAGGGACCUAGGGCUCAGUGAGCCUCAGAGACUGAACGUCUUUAUCGUUGCUAAAUGCACACCCCUUCUGUGUCUGUUUGGGAGAUGGAGAACAUCCAUCCCUACAUCCAUUCCAGAUGCACCACACUGAAAUUAAAGGUCUUUAUUAAA